CAAAGUUCAAUACAACCCUCAUGGCGGAAAACUCAAGAGUAAGGUUUUUCAGAGAAGUCGUUGUUCCCUCAAAUUCAGGAACUAAAUGGAAGGAAUGUCAUAUAAAUACAGUGGCCUCGGUCAGCACGCUGCAGGACAUCAAGGUACCGGACAGCAGUGGUGGAUACGCAUACACAGAGAGUGGGGUCACCAACAGAUUCAUUUACUGGAGAACAUCAAGUAACAUCUUAGAACUGGUGGAAGAGAGCUUGGACUACAACUUGGUUGGUGCACAAAUCCGUUUUCACUUCCAUGACACCCAGAUCACAGGAGGAAUUUCCAUUCAUGAAUACCACGGGAAUGUUGUGGUGUUGGUUGUUACGGCUAUCAGUGUGCACCGCUUGGUCUUUCCACAUCCAAGUAAAUUGAUUAAAAAUAAUAUAGGCUAUACCCAGAGCAGCCAGCCAGUUCCUUCAGUCUUCAGUUACGCAUCAGAUGUGGAGGGUCUGUGGAAUAAGUAUUUACUGAACCAUGGAGGGAACUUCUCAUCUCCGAUUCAGGGAGCAGCCUCUUCACAGAAUGGAGAGGGGCAGGCUCUCUUUGCUCUCAGCAGCAAUGAGGGCAGUAUUCUGCUGAUCAAAAUGCCUCCCCUCAACAUGCAGGGGAUUGUUCAACAAUUUGAACUUUCCAAGUCCUCUAUGAUGCAGAAGCUGUGGACAGGAUUAGUGCCGGCUGCCAUGAGGGGUAGUCAGGAGUCGUUGGAAUCUGCAACGGGGCUGGUUAUCCACCCCUUCCGCGGGGAUACUUACAUCUUUGCCAUCUGCCGUGAUCACAGAAUCAGGGUUUGGUCAACAAGGACCCAUGAAUGUGUGACAGUGUACAGCGUACUGGAGACCUGCCCAGAACUUAAAAAUGCACCUCCUGCAACGGGUGCUGGCCACAAGCUUGUGAAGGUGAGGACCAGCGAUGCCGUCAAUUUACUCUUGUGUGUCCAUCUGAAUUUCACCGAUAGAAACCAGUUUUGCUUCCUUCAACCUCAACUUGUGAGUGCAAGAAUACAACCUCUCCAUGUUGCCACUGUGGUGGGAGUGAAUGACGACCUGAUUGACUACUGCGUGACUUCGGACAAACUGUGGACUCUGUGGACCAAUAGCUCGGGAGAAAGCGUAGUCAGGGUGUGCCACAUGUCAGGGGAGCUUAGAGAUGGUGACUGGGUGGAGGUGAUCCUUCAUCCCUCAGAGGGAGGAGAGGUCUUGGUCAGUCAGCACACUGACCCUAGGGAAGUCUACAUGGAGAAAAUGUUCCAGCCAAAACGCUUCAAUCUGUACGACAUCCACAAAGCUCUUAAAGUGUACAAGCGCUCCAUGGAUACUUAUGUCCCAGUGGACCUAAACAUUGACACCCUGAAACGUGAGGUCACAGAGGCCGUGGAAGAUGCUAUACGGACGUCUGCGAUGGCCAAUGAAAUAACAGAAGAGGAAUACUGUGAGCUACAGAUGGAACAAUGGUCCAAAUUCUACUCCGGUGUGGUCCAGUAUCAAGAGGUUGGCGGGAAAAUGAAAGGAUUUUUUGCAGACUCAAACACCGGGCUUGUGUGUAUAAUUAAAAAAGGAGGUUUGAGUUUUGUACGACCUUGUGACCCCAUAGAAGAGCUUUAUUUAGGAGGCGGACAUUGGUCAGCAGAGGACCUAGAUGAAAUGACACGGAGGGACGUUAGAACUCUAGGGAUAUGUCUGAGUUUAAUUAGUGACAAGAUCUCGGACGAAAUGAUUGUACAGUUUGAAGAUCAGCUGCUGAUGAAGGAACAACCUGAGGAGGCUGUUAGACCUAUAGUGGCAGACCUGUUCUUCAACACAAGCUUGGUGGAUAUAUCCUUGGAUUCUCUGGGAGCCCUGGUACAGAACAUCCAGGACCUUCCUAACUGUCUACAAGUGGUGCUGAAUUCACUGGACCUCACCAACAGACAUGGAAUGGAGGAGGAAAGUGAUAUGGAGAGUGAGCAGCAGCUGAUCAGUGGACAGAUACUGACCAGUGAUAUGGCUAUUGAUCUUUUGACCACCACACUGCAGCAGACCUCUGAGACUGGCUUCAAGACGUUGUGUGAUUUGCUGGUUUUCCUGACUGCUGCUGUCAGCUUGGGAGACAGGGAUGGAAUUACCCCCGAGGUUAGCGAGGCAAUAAAUGACCUCAUUCCCAAGACAAGCUUCCUGCUACAGUCCUAUGCCAUACUGAAGUGGGCGUCGAUUAAAGUGGCAACUCCCAGCCAUUCAAAUUCUGUGGAAAUGAAUCUUCGUCAGCUGGCUACUCUUGAAUUAACAGACAACUCAGGAUUGACUAGUGUACAGAGAACAGCGACCUCCAAUGUUACGGUGGGAGAGCUCUUUAUCCGAGGGAUUGGAGGCAGUCAAGCCCGAGUGAACCUGACACGUAGUGAGAGAUUCCUAGAGAACACGGGACAGAUAUGUAACUGGGCUGCUAGAAUAACCAGACACAUCCAACUUCUGCUGUGGCCUCUAAAUGAAAGCUUUGUGUUCCCAGAGUUCCUUGCUAGCUGUUGCCAGUACCUCCCUCUACAGGAAUAUUCAUUUCAGCUUAAUCACUGGUGUGAAGUGAAUCCUGCCUCCAGAAAAUUUAUGUUGGGGCUCUGUUACCUACAUUUUGGAGAGCCAGAGAAAGCUGCCCAGUGUUAUACUGUAGCUAAAGAAGGGCUGGCAGUGGAAAGCUUCUUACGACAGAGUCUCUUACAGACGGAUGAGCUCAAUCCUAGAGUACUGGAAGUUCUGUAUUAUCUAAAGGUGAUCCGGCAGUUUGAGGAAUUUGAUUGUGCUGACACGGUCGUUCACUUGGCGAGGACAGCCAUUAGUAUUGCUGAUGAAGGGGAUGACAACACUGCAACCUUGUGGUCCAAGAUGUUUAAAUAUCAGUUGGAGCUGUGUCACAACGAUGAGGCAUACAAUGCUAUGGUUAGCAAUCCAGAUCCUUCCAGAAGGAAGGACUGUCUGAGACAACUGCUGGUGACCUUGUGUGAGCGAGGUGACCUUCAAACUUUGGUGGGAUUUCCAUACAUUGACCUGUAUGAUGAGGUUGUGUCAAUCUUGGAAUCGAGAGCGAGGUCUGUGGAUAUAACAACCCAGAAUUACUAUGAUCUCCUCUAUGCAUUCUACGUGUCCCGUGUGAACUUUGGAAAAGCUGGUGCUGUGAUGUACGAGUACGGCAUGAGGCUGGGGAGAGAGGUGCCCUCUAGACUGGGACUACAGAAACAGGUGCACUGUUACCUAGCAGCCAUGAAUGCCCUCCGUCUGGUGGACCCAAUGUAUGCUUGGAUAGUAAAACCCGCAGCUAGUGCAGAUUCACAGACAGUGAAAGGCAUUAUGUCUGGAAAGCGAAACUUCGACGGAGAUGAAAAAGAGGAAAUAUCAUUACCAAAGAAAAUGGAAGUCUUGGAAUUGAGAGACAUUGAGAAGGAAUUCCUGUUGGUUGAUGCUCGUCUUCAGCUUUUUAAACACGACACAACUCACUCAGUUGGAUCAGGUCCCACGCCAGGCGCGGAUGAAAUGGUGGGAUUACUGGUGAAUGCUGGGAUGUAUGACAGAGCUCUCGUAAUUUGUCAGACAUUCGAUAUGAAGCUGACAUCAAUCUUUGACAGUCUGGCACUGAGAUGUGUGAAUCUUGCCAAAAGUAGCAGUCAUUCCACACUAGCAGACAACACGACCUUGACCCGUGCCUGGGAUUGGCUCAGACUAAACAAUCUUACAUCUCCAAGCAUUAAAGAAAGCAGCGCUGCGGACACUGCCUGGAGCCUCUUACAACUUUACCUGAAGAUCCACGAGGAGAACACCAUGCUGCAUCGUACUGUUGUCGUCCGAUUGUUAUCUCAAGGCUUCCCCCUCCCCUCCUGGCUCGUCAAAUCUUACAAGGAACGGAACUGGGCGGAGCUCCUGAGGUUGUAUACAGAUUAUGACCAGCUGGAAGACGCCGUCCUGCUGACCAUCGAGUAUGUAGACUCCCUACUGGGCACAUACACUGGUCCGGAUUGUCCAGCAUUUAAUAUCAAGUCAUCCCUUAAACCUGUCCCUUUAAACAACUGGUUACCAUAUACCUGUAUAGAUCAGCUGUUGAGGGCCCUCAAAGAUGUCAAACAGAAUAUUAUAUAUGAAAGGCUCGCAGAGAAACUGGAGUACACACUUGCAAACUACCACCAAAAGAUGAGAAACAUAUCUGAGACGCUGAUGAUGAGAUAACAGCAACUAGUCGUGUUUGUAUUGAAUUAAUAGACAGAGAUGGAUGUUAGAGGCUGGACAAGACAAAAACAAGUGAAACUGUGUGUGAAAUAGAAAAAGGGGAAAUAACUACAAUCUUACUGCAGUGAUGACAAUUUUUGUCAGUGUUUGGUACAUUAAAUGUUGUAAUAAAAUCUGAAUAAAUCCAA